GAUGUUAAAACCAUGACAGCUCAUCUUAGAUUUCUAGUGCCUCAUAAACAACGCUGCGUAGGCGCAUUAAGAAAGAUGAUUUCUUCUGAAGCAUAUACCAUGCCACAAGUCGGACAAAAAGUGUUUCGAUUCUGCGGGAUGAAAGAGCCAAGUGUUCAGUUGACCUCGGAGUCUACGACUGACGAUCAACAGUGUAUAUGAACAAGGCUACAGAGAUUCUUAAAACCACGCAAUAAUCACAAGCAUUCAUGAGUGGAUAUAUGUAAAAUGAAAGGCUGUGUACAUUUGUGUUCACUUUAUUAUCUCGAAAACAAUUCGUAUGUUUCAUAUUACGACAGUAAGUAGUUAGUACAAAUUGGGAGGGAAAGAAGGGUUUUUGUAGUCUUUUGUUGACACAGACAUCCAGAUUAUAUAUUUUUUAAUAAAGUGCACACACACACAUUCUCAAGAAUAAGGACUUCGAUAUCUGUGACUGUAAUAAACACAAAUUGCGACCGAAGUGAAUCUGGAAUGUGAUUUGGAAAAGAAAAGCUAAUUCGCUUAUUGCAACUCGAAGAAUUCAACAACUGUUAGGGAUUAUCGAUGGGCAGCGCUAGUGGUGUAUUUGUGUUCCGGACACUAAGAGCGACGGGGACGCUUUUGGUGUUGACGUCCCUCGUGCGAUGCUCAGUGCAGAAUGACGAAGACGGCUAUGUCCUGGAUUCUAUGGAUCACUCCGAACCAGUAUCAGGAACAGAGCUCUUGCAGUGUCCAUCAGAUAACAUAAUUACUACACGUUACAAAUGCAAAAGAGAGGAUGAAAAGUGGAUCGACUGCCUACGUCGUCAGUGCUGCCCGGAUUAUGUAUAUGUCGCUGGCAGGUGUCUUCACCAGUCUGUGGACCCCUGUUCUCUUCAGCUAUGUGAACAACGAUGUUCUGUUUACCCACAGAAAAUUGUCUGCACCUGUUUCCCAGGCUACCGGUUCAAUUCAGAGAAACAGAAGCAGGGCAUAAAACCAGCGUGCGAGGACGUCGAUGAAUGUGAGGAGGAGAACUUGGACUGUGAGCACGCGUGCAUUAACACUGCGGGCAGUUACCGCUCUCUGCGACCUGACAAUCACACGUGUGAAUCUGAUCGACGUGUCGAAGCAGAAGACGAAAAACUCAAUCAAGCUGCUAGUAGGGGGCGCUGCUUUGCGAGCUGUGACACGGUGGCACGACUUCACGACAAACUCAACAAUUUGCAAGAGAAGGUCUUAGCACUGACUACU